UCAGAACGAAGGUGGAUACAGUUGCAGCUGUAAUGAUGGGUUACCACUGCAGGUGAAAAUGAAAACAUCGUUACUUGGUGACGCGAGGGGACGGUUUGCGCAUCGUUGUCUUGGACAUAACCCAGACAUGCACCACCUCAGCAUCUUUUGACUUCAUGAAGAUUCCUGACAUCGGUAAUGUGAUGAAUAAAUUUGAAGUCCUUGGGAUUGUAGGAGAGGGAGCCUAUGGGGUGGUCCUGAAAUGCAGACACAAGGAGACAAAAGAGCUUGUGGCCAUUAAGAAGUUCAAGGACAGCGAAGAGAAUGAGGAAGUUAAAGAAACGACGUUACGAGAGCUCAAGAUGCUCCGUACGCUGAAGCAAGACAACAUCGUAGAACUGAAAGAGGCUUUCCGUCGACGGGGAAAACUCUAUCUAGUGUUCGAAUAUGUGGAGAAGAAUAUGCUGGAGUUGUUGGAGGAAUUGCCUAAUGGUGCACCACCUGAUAAAGUACGGAGCUACAUCUUUCAGCUGAUCAAAGCUAUUCACUGGUGCCACAAAAAUGAGAUCGUUCACAGGGAUAUCAAGCCUGAAAAUCUCCUCAUCAGCUCCAAUGAUAUCCUGAAGCUGUGUGAUUUUGGUCAAUUCUUGACUUAUAUUUGUCUUCUGCUUGGCUCUCACAGAGCUCCAUAUGGGAAGGCGGUGGACAUGUGGUCGGUGGGGUGUACUUUGGGAGAACUGAGUGAUGGGCAGCCCCUGUUUCCGGGCGAGAGUGAAAUCGACCAGCUCUUCACCAUUCAGAAGGUGUUGGGCCCCUUACCACCAGAGCAGAUGAAAUUGUUUUACAACAACCCUCGUUUCGCUGGACUAAGAUUUCCUUCUGUAAGUCAUCCUCAAACGCUUGAUAGACGGUACCUGGGCAUCAUCAAUGGACUCAUGUUGGAUUUAAUGAAGAACCUGCUUUGCCUGAACCCCACCGAACGCUUUCUGACAGAACAGUGUCUGAACCACCCGGUGUUUCAAGGCCUUAGAGGGCCAGAGCGGCCAGCUGCCCCGUCGCCCACUGCACCUCGCUCCUCAAAGAGAAAACCAUACCAUGGAGACAACACCAUACCCAGCCGAAUGAGCCACUGGGGUUUUGUGCGUCUUAUAUUGCAGACGGACGGCAACGAGGGAAGGAACCCGAGCAUCAAGAAAAGCCUUUUCCCCCUCUUUAACUCAAAGAAUAGCUUAAAGCAUAACUCUUCUGUCAAAGUGCUCCCUGUUGUCCCGCAGCCCAUGGUUCCUAGUGAGGCCCAGCAAGAGCAGCUAGUGAUACAAAGACCAGACAAAUCCUCAUCUCAUCACAGCAGUCGACACCGCAACCGAGAUCGUGACCGGGAACGUGACCUGGCAAGGGACCGGGAGCGUGACCGCGAUCGAAACCGCGAGAGGGAUCGCGAUCGUGACAGGGACAACACUUGGCCGCCUGAAAAGCAGACAGAUGUGCAGCCUCAGAACCAGCCUCUGAAGUCCCUGCGGAAGCUCCUACACCUCUCUUCUCCUGCUACAUCCAAUCAGCCCCCACCUCCUGAUCGCUCGGCAGAACUGCGCUUCCAGCCCCUCCCUAACCCCCCUUCCAAAGGAAACCUGAACGAGGCCAGAGGGCUCCCACCGGGCAGCGUCACCCCCAAUACCAAGAGCCGCAAACCCCACAACUACCCUCUGCCAGGGCAGAUCGAGUCCAGCUGGCACGUUUCCGCACUGAAUCGGGCCGAGGGCGCACCAUACCCAGACCAAAUGGCAAACAAAGGUGGGCAGAACGGUAUCGGCUUUACCAGAGCCGCCCGCGCGAGAAUGCCGAACCUCAACGAUUUGAAAGAAACGGCUCUUUAGAGGAGGAAGGCCCACUAGUGGCCUCUAAUGUACUCGGUUUCUCCUUUUCCUUCCUGGCUACCUAUGGAAUGCUAUUGUUAAUACAGUGGUACACAAUGCCACUUCUGGCCAGAAGGUGGCAAUAGUUAUGUCUCAGAUUUGUUUUUUAAAGCAUCCACAUUUGAUAGAAUUUGUAUUCUUGUUCAUUACACCUGGGUUCAGUUUUCUGUUGAAUAUAUCUUAUUGACGAUGAUAUGAAUCUAUGUAUUUGUAUAUGGAAACUUAGGGAUGGGGGACAACAAAAAAAUCUGUGGAAUUGUAAGAGCUUUAGUUUAUACACAAGAGAAUGUAUAAAUAUUUAAUGUGUAAUAAUUCUAUAUUUCAUGGAGAUUAUUUAAUGAAUUAUUGGUGUGUUAAUAGUUACAAUGUACAGAGUGCAUUUUAUGGUUGUAACAAAAGUACUUUAUUGUUUCUGAAUUAUUUUCCUCUCUUUACUGAACAUUGUUUUCUGAUAUGAAUUCUCAGUGCAGACUAGGUCUAUAUUCCACACUCAUACUGAAUCAUCACUAUUUAAAACAUACAACAGCAUAUCAGCAACUACUGAUGCUUCCUAACCAGGUUCUGUGUUACUUUUCAUGCGAGACCAUUAAAUCCACGUCCCAUGAUGGCUAUUUGUCUCACUUUACCCGUAGCCCGUGUCUUACAGUGUUUCUCCACUUCCCAUGAGCUUGGCAUUCAAAACCUCAAACAUUGGGAUCAGAUAGUGCUGGUUUUUAGCAGGAGUUCAUUAGAGCCUAGAUCCCUGAAGAGCUGGAUUUCCUGUGAAUAAUGAAUUUCAACUGAGGCCCCCGGGGCCUCACCGUGUCUCCCUCUGCGAUCUAAACCCCACCAGCUGGUGAAUAAGUGUGACUUUGCCUGUGGCACAAGCGAUGGCUUACAAGGUUGUGUGAGUUAAGUCUGUAUCUCCAUCCCGACGUGUCUUUUGCACGUGCGCAUGAUUCUUUUAACAAACCGAAUAACUGGUGGGUU